UGUGAUGGCAGGAUUUGUGCGUCCAGCGGUCACUUCUCCGCUCCAGACGACGAUGGCGUGACGGCAGCUCGCACUCUCCUCUCUCCAGUUCCGCAGGUGGACGCGUGUGCGAGGAGGAGCGGAGGCGCAUUCUCCUCUCCGGGACUGGAACACACACACCGACCGCGUCGCUUUGUGGCACAAUCUCGCCGGAUUUUAUCAGGAAAAGAAAAAACAAAAACGACUUGGCCGCAUGGGUGGGAAGACUUUUUUUCUCCUUAUUUUUUCUUUUUUUUAAAUAAGGAAGGCUGACAUUUGCGCAACAAUCCAACCUGCGACUGUACUGCGGUUCACAACAAACGUGGGAUUUUAUUGGGAUCUAAACCCGGGAUAUUUCCACCGACGUAUCCCGGGCACUUUCCAGGACGACGACUGCUUUUUUUUCUCCCAGAUCAGUCGGAUCUCACUGGGAUUUAAGGUGGGGUUUUCAUCCCGACGCAGGUAAACUGAAGGACCCCGCUCUCACACUUGCUAUCCUCCCUCCUCACCCUCCUCUUUUUUGGAUGUUUUCCAUUCGAUUUGCACCUGAAUCCAUUUGGAAUAAUUGAACUCAGCCGCGUCUCAGAGGCUCGUCGUGCGUUCUGGCCAGAAGGAACCAUGAGCCGCGUCUCCUCUAUCCGUCCCACUUCUGAUUUCAAGAGUCGGGGUGGAGUCAGAGCACAUGUGGGCUCCUCUGAAGUGAACCCGGAGUGAAGCAUCGGAACAAAACAAGAGAAUAUUCUGUGACUUCUGAUGAAUGGCUGUGUCUGCUCGGGAAAUACGCUCCCGCUCUGCACCGCCUGAGAAAGAAGCCGCCCGUUCAAAUGUGGUGGUGUUUUCCUGUGGCCCCGGAGAGUUCCGUCUCAUCGCUCACAUUCUGUCUGCCAGCUGUUGGAGAUGCUGAUCUGAAGCCUCGCCAUGGCCCCCAGGGUUUGAUAUCUGGACCUGGAAACUGAUCAACGAUGGACCGGCUGGUUCUGUGCUUGCUGCUCUGCGUGGCCCUGGUGGAGGGAUACAGUUGCCCCGGUCGCUGCAUCUGCCAGAACCUCUCCCCGACUUUAACCCUUCUCUGUGCGAAGACGGGCUUGCUCUUCGUACCUCCCACCAUUGAUCGCAAAACUGUAGAGCUGCGACUCACGGACAACUUUAUCACCAUCAUUCGCAAGAAGGACUUUUUUAACAUGACCAGCUUAGUGCACCUGACGCUGUCCCGCAACACCAUCAGCCAGAUCACCCCGCAGGCCUUUCUCGGCCUGCGAUCCUUGCGGGCGCUGCACAUGGACGGGAACCGCCUCACCGUGGUCAAGAGUGACCACUUCAAAGGUCUGAUCAACUUGCGGCACCUGAUCCUUGGAAACAACCAAAUCCACCAGAUCGCCCCGACUUCCUUUGAUGAGUUUGUCUCCACCAUAGAAGACUUGGAUCUUUCCAACAACAACCUCCGCACCCUACCCUGGGACGCCAUUGCCCGGAUGACCAACAUCAACACGCUCACGCUAGACCACAACCUGAUCGACCACAUUGGCGCCGGGACCUUUACUUUGCUGACCAAGCUGGUUCGCCUGGAUAUGACCUCCAACAGGUUGCAGAAGCUCCCGCCAGAUAGUUUGUUCCAGCAUGCUCAGGUUCUGUCGGACGCCAAGGGAUCCAGCUCUUCCACUCUGGCCGUGAGCUUCGGCGGAAACCCGCUUCACUGCAACUGCGAGCUGCUGUGGCUGCGCCGGCUGACCAGAGAGGAUGACCUUGAGACUUGUGCCUCCCCGGAGCAUCUCAUGGACAAGUAUUUUUGGUCCAUCCAAGAGGAGGAGUUCAUCUGCGAGCCCCCGCUGAUCACUAAGUACAUGGCCACCAAGCCCUACGUGAUGGAGGGACAGGGCGUGACCUUGAAAUGCAAAGCCGUGGGGGAUCCCGACCCUGACAUUCACUGGCGGUCGCCUGACGGGAAGCUGGUGCACAACAGCUCCCGCACUAUUCUGUAUGAUAAUGGGACUCUUGAUAUUCUCAUCACCACCUUGAAAGACAGCGGGGAAUUUAAUUGCGUGGCGUCAAACGCCGCAGGCAUUUCCACAGCUGCUGUUGAGAUCAACAUGAUCCCUCUGCCCCUGUUUGUGAACAACACGGGCCACAUGCGCGAAGACCCCGGCCUCUCAGACAUCACAACUUCCUCCAAAUCUGGCAACGACACCAAGGGAUACGACAAGCAAGACAGGAGGGUGAUGGCCACGGAGCUGACCUCCUCAUCGGCCGUGAUCCGCUGGCCAUCUGAGCGCCACAUCCCCGGCAUCAGGAUGUACCAGAUCCAGUACAACAGCACAGCUGACGACACCCUGGUGUACAGAAUGAUCCCGUCGACCAACAAGAACUUCUUAAUCAACGAUCUGGCCGCCGGGCGCGAGUACGACCUCUGCGUGCUUGCGGUCUACGACGACGGCAUCACGGCGUUGACAGCGACGCGUGUGGUGGGUUGCGUGCAGUUCCACACCGCCAGCGAGGUCAGCCAGUGCCGCUUCAUGCACAGCCAGUUCCUCGGAGGCACCAUGAUCAUCAUUAUCGGUGGCAUCAUUGUUGUUUCCGUGCUUGUGUUUAUCAUCAUCCUGAUGAUCCGCUACAAAGCCUACAGCGGCCCCGAGGACGCUAAAACCAAGGUCGGCUCCAGCGCGCACUUGCAGACCAACGGCAGCCAGCAGCGGCUCCCGAGAAGCGCCUCCAAGCAGCCUUUUGAGGAGGGACACCUCGAAGCGCCGGCGUCGAAGGAGUGCAUGGCGCUGGUGUUGAGGUCGGACGCCGACAAGAGGGAGGACGGGGCAGCGGCCGCCGCCGUCCUGGAGGUGGAGCUGCCUCCCGUUAACCUGGACCGGCUGAAGAGAAGAACCAGCCUGGACAUCCAGCGCUGCAGCCACCAAGCUGAAGACACACAGACGGACAGCAGCCUCACCGGCUCCACCAUGUCUUUAUGUCUUAUCGGCCCCAACGCCGGCGCCAACGAGGCUCCCCGGCUCAAGGACAAGAAAAGCGCUCUGGCCAAUUUAGGGCUGCUCCCCAACGAGUUGGCACGAACUAGGCACAGAUUCUCGUUUGACGGAGGGGAUUAUUCCAUUUUUCAGAGUCAUAGUUACCCACGCAGAGCGAGGACGAGGUGGAACAAGUCCACCAACCAGCUCGACGUGGAGACGUCGCCUCUGGCCAGCAGGAGGGUCACGUUCAGCAGCACCGAGUGGAUGCUGGAGAGCACUGUUUAAGGGACCGGCGGACGUGGUGUGGCGGACCACGCGACAAGCACACAACUGACAAGCACAUCAGCGGAGAUAAACGGACGUCCAGUGCUGUCCCCUUCAUUCCUGCCUCCAGAUCAUAAAGCCAGAAAGGCUCGUCGGCCAUUUCCUUUCUUUAAUGCAGCAGUGCCUUAUUCUCAGUGUACGAAUGGAGGAUGCUGCUCACCGUUUCUCGCCAUCUUUGUCCACGACCCUGAAGCGGGGUAGCUUUGGAUUUUCUAAACUUUUUUUUUUUUUUCUGUCUCUGUGAUGCGCUGCACGUCGGCGGCGUUUGGAUGUGACUGUUUCUCUUGAAUUGUUUUAAAAGAAAAGUACAAAAAAAAAAGAAAAAAAACUUUCAUCACUAUUGUAAAUUGAACAGCCAGGUAUCCUGUUAUGUCCGUUUUGGGUUCCUCAAAAAAAAAAAAAAAAAAAAACUUUUGCACAGAAGACACGAGAUCCAAGUAUCACCACCAGUCUAUACAACAUUAGAGAGGCUCGAUUUUACACGUUUCUAAAGCAGAGGACGGACAUGAACAUUUCCUCUCCAACAGUCGGACUGUGUCAUGUGAAAUAGUUAUCGUUCCAGAUGUGACUGUAUAUUAAUCGGUAUCUGGCUGGUCUAGAUAAAAAGACUCCAAACUAAAAAAAAAGGCAUAUAUAAGUAUAUUAAAACAUUGAUGUAUGUGUACUAACUAUGUAAGUAAGUAAGUCAUAUGUCACAUGACUUUUUACCAAGCAUUUGGGUGUUGGCUGCAAGUUUUUACAUUAAAAACCUGUGUCAUCACACUGAUUUAGUAUGUCAAAGUUUGGACCAUUUAUCUCCUCAUGAUGGGUAUUAAAUUUUGUGCGUGGGUUUAAACUUCAUUGUGCAUCACCGAUGGUGUUUUAUUUUUUGUGUUUCAGCCGCAGGUGUGUGUGAAUGUGUGUGUGCGCAGGUGAGGACAUGCAGGUCUGCACAAUGAAUAUUUCAUUCCCCACAACUAUUUAUAAGGUUUGUACUUCUGAGAAAGCUGCUCAAUGAGCUGAGAGGGAGGCGUUUUGGGACAAGAUGAACCAACCAGCCAUGCCUGAAGAAGGUGUAGGGUCCGUUUGCCUCCAGUAGGGGGGGACAAAAAACUAAACUACAUCAUUAGUAUACAAAGUAAACAUGUAUAGAAGUCCAUAUUAUCAGAAAACUACUUGGUAUAUUUGGAGGUAGAGCAGGCCGGAGUUAAGCUGCUUGCGACUGGAGCUAAAGCUCCGACUACAGAGGGUUAUCAUGGUGCAGCUCUCUUCAAUCCUUCAGAAUCUUCUUGGCGCAAACAAAGAGGAUCGAAAAAGACUUUCUCUUUGCUGCCCACUGAUCACAGCAAUGCCUCCGGGGUGGAAUUUAAACAGCUGUUUUGGCUAUAGUCCUUUGAAAAUCGACACAUUUAAAUGAUACUUAUGCGCCACGGCUUUUACAGAAAUAGAUCUGGUUUCCUGAAAAGCGUGUCGACGGUUGUUGUGGGCCAUUUCAAUCUCAGAUUACUCCUGGAACCGAGCGUCUUUUUAGUGUAAUGCGAGGCCACGUUUUCCAUGUUGUUGUCUAUGUCCUUGCCCAGAUUGAAGCAAUAUUUGAAGGAUUUACACCAGCAUCCACAGAGGCUUUCAGGAAGCAAAGACCCCAAGUCAUAAGACAAGCUCUGUAGUUUAUCUUGCAUAGUCCAGGCUUCUGGGAAACAAAACAACCAUCGCAGAACAACACAGAGGAGGCACUUCCUCCGGACACUGGAGUCCAGCGACUUCAAAAGAUAGAUAUUGCAUGUUUGGUGAGUCAAGACAGACGACAGAUCUUUUUUCUGUUCAUUUUCUCCUCAGUCUGACAAGUAAAAAGCUGGUUUAAAAUCAAAUUAUCUCACUUUUUAUUUAAAUAUAGUGUUGAAAUAUGAAUUAUUAUUUAUGUAAGCUCAGGCUGCCAUCUCAUUCUGCUGCUCUGACAUGCUUUGUUGCUUAAACAAAGGGAAUAAAUCUGGCACAACAAUAGCAAAGGAAAUAUAGCGGCAUAAUUCUGUGAUUGUUUCAUGAGAAGGCGGAAAACUUGAUCAAAGGAAACAACCAGUCAUUCGUAAACGAUGAUCUGAUUUAAUAACUAUCUGCAACGGCUAAAAAUAUACCUGGAAUGGCAGCAUGAAUUCAUUAGUAUGGUCACAUUAUUAUUUGCUGGGAUUCCAUGAAUAAUAUAUUGAUGAAUAAUGAAUAAUAUUGAUGAAGUAUGUGUCGUAAAUUCAAAUAUGUGCAGCAUUUGGACUUGGUUUCCAAACACCUGAUCAAUCGGAACAACCCCUUUUUCAACAAAAUUGCUUUAUUCCUGAUGUAAAAACAUUUUAAAAAUCUAAAAAAAAAAGCUUUAAAAUGAGACAGAAAUGAGGACAAGCGGCAGUCCGCAUGAGGUAUCCGUGGACAGUCACUGAAGCUUCACAUGAGUUUUACUGUUCAACAGAUGUGCUCUGAAGAUCCCUCUUUCCUCCCAACAGCUGCGUGCAGACAUGAUGUAUCACCCCACUGCAGGGAAGGUAAGAUCCUGCUGCACCAACAGUUUGGACUUGAAGGUGUCACAGCGGACCGGGCAGCUUGCAGAGAAAGUACCUCUGCACAAUUGAGGGGAACAAAGGACGCCGCGGUCGUUUUCAGAACACCGUGUCUCAGUCUCGACAUGCAUCCGAGCCGUCUUCACCUGCUGCCUUCGAGUUUUUCCGUCUCUUCUUUCUGAAGUCAGGAGACGAGUCUUUGUUCGAGUCCUGCUUUCGUCUUUUACGACUGUGUUUCCAUCUGUCCCGUUCUUUGUCAUCGUCACUGUCCCCCGAGCUGCUGUCCUCCUUUCUCCUCGUACUUUUUUUCCUUUUAUGUUGAUUUUUAGUCCUUUUCUUUUUGUCUUUGGCGUCGCUGCUGUCAUCACUGCUGCUGUCACUGCUCGAACACGCCGUCUUUUUCCGCCUUCCCUCAUCGUGCUUCUUUUUUUUCUUCUUUUUCUUGCGAGAUGAUUUUUUAGAAUUCGAAGUUUCUUUGGCAGACUUGGACUUUUUUGAUCUGCUCUUCUUUGUGGUACCGCUGUGUUCACUACGGAUGAAAAAUAGACACGUUAAAUUACUCAAAAACUCAAUGAUCGACCCGAUUGUAUAAUUCAUUUCCUCUGAAUGUCAGUUUCGGACUACAAAUUGCUGAACACGAUCAAAUGUAUAUUUAUCCGUGUGAUGAUCCAACCUGGAGCUUCCCUCUGAGAUCCCUGUCCAUUUUUAGGUCAGCGCGUUGCCAGUACUGCCUUCCAACAACGCCGUCUUUUCCCCAACAGAGUCAGAAAGCAAACUCAGCGCAGAGCCUGCUGCUCCGAUUUUCAGUUCGAGCUCGGAGAGUUCUCCACCGGGGGCAGGGAUUAUUCCCAGCAUGGGGCCUGCAGUCACCGGAUAGCCUAAACGCGAGAUUCUCAGGAGACAUUCUGGUGUGUUCAGCGGAAAUAAAGGGUUGUGGGGCAAACUAAUCCCCGUACACCCGGAACAGACUUCAAGCCCCGGUUCCAACUAAUAAAAUAUACUUGUUUACAGUGGGAGGUCUCAUCCACCCCAGCAGCUCUGAAAUGCUCAGUCUUGACUCUGGUGUUUCACUAGUUCUAUUGAGGACAUUACCAUGGGACAGAACCAUCCAUUUCUUAUCAUGACAGAACAUCCAACUGAGGCUUAUACAAGGGGCUAUUAUUAACAAACAUUCUUAACUCUUAAGUACCCAACAAUUACCGUAAAUCUGGGACUAUAGAGCGCAGCGGAAUAUUAGCCACACACACUAAAUUCAUAGAAGAAAAUAGACUUUCUUCAUACAUAAGCAGCGCAGUUGUGCGAGCUGCACCGUAGAAAGGUCAGUGGUGCACUUGUCUUCAAAAUGCACGAAGAUCACUUCUAAACUGGUUUUGAAAUCAGGGUCCAGCAUGGAGACUGACUCAUGAAACAAACUGGCCAAUGUUCUGAACUUGAAUAAUGCGCGAAAAAUGUAUUGUUUCCGACAC